UAGUGCUGAUCCUCACAAAGUGGAUUCUGCAAGAAGAGAGGAAGAGAAGUCCUCAGGCAGAGCAGCUGCGAUGGAGCUCCCCAACUACAGCCGGCAGCUGCUGCAGCAGCUCUACACUCUGUGCAAGGAGCAGCAGUUCUGUGACUGCACCAUUUCCAUUGGUACCAUUUACUUCAAGGCCCACAAGCUUGUCCUGGCUGCUGCCAGCCUCCUCUUCAAAACCCUGCUGGACACCACAGACACCAUCUCCAUUGAUGCAUCUGUGGUGAGCCCCGAGGAGUUUGCCCUUUUGUUAGAAAUGAUGUACACUGGCAAACUACCUGUGGGCAAGUACAACUUCUCCAAAAUCAUCUCUUUAGCUGACAGCCUACAGAUGUUUGAUGUGGCUGUAAGUUGUAAAAAUCUUCUAAGCAGCCUUGUAAACUGCUCUGUUCAGGGUCAGGUGGUGAGGGAUGUCUCAGUACCAUCCUCAGAGUCAUUCAGGAAGGAAUUGGAGAAGCCAGAAGUAGAAAUCCUUUCCUCCGAGGGUGCUGGAGAGCCUCAUUCUUUCUUGGAGGUUUCUAUCCCUCCAGGGGGCCCUGUGAAAGCUGAGACUGAGGAAGCAAUCCAAGAGAUGAGUGUGGAUCCUUCUACUGCCCAGGAGAUUCAGGGGAAUGCAGACACCCCCGUGGAGACUCCUCAUGCAGCUCAAGUUUGUUCCCUCUCCCCUCUUGUACAAGCCUUUAGUGAGGCAAAGGACGCAAGCACAGAACCAGAGUAUGCGAAGAAACACUACCAGCUGAAUUUUCUUCUAGAAAAUGAAAAUAUCUUCUCAGACGCACUCUUGAUUACCCAGGAUGUCUUAAAAAGACUAGAAGAAUGCUCAGAAAUUAAAGGUGCACAGAAGGAGACCAUAAUGGGAUGUCUUGAGGGUGAAGAAGGACGUUCCGCAUUCCAGAGAAUCCUGGGUAAAGUGAGAGAUGAGAGCCUGGAUGUUCAGACUGUUGUGUCCAUGUUGAGGCUGUACCAAGAUUCUAAUCCUGCAGUGAAGACCGUGCUGUCAGACAGAAAGCCAGGAGAUGGAGAAGCAGUGCAGCCAAAAGGGAGCACAGAGGAGGGAAAGACCUUGUCUGUUCUGUUACUAGAACACAAAGAGGACCUGAUCCAGUGUGUAACACAGCUGAGACCUAUUACGGAGUUCCUGGAAACAGCCAAGGAGGAAUUCCUGACUGGCACCGAGAAAAGGGUGAUUCUGAAUUGCUGUGAGAGCGGAACACCCAAGGAGACAAUAGAAAAUUUGCUGCAUAGGAUGUCUGAAGAGAAGACCCUGACUGCUGAGAGUUUGGUAAAACUCCUCCAGGCUGUGAAGAUGACGUUCCCAAAGCUGGGCCUUCUGCUGGAGAAUUUGCAGAAAUUAGCCACUUUGCCGAGCACCCCAGUCCAAGCAAGUGCUGAUUAUGGGACUGAGCUGUUGAGACGGUAUCAAGAAAACCUCUCUGAGAUUUUCACUGACAACCAGAUGUUAUUAAAAAUGAUCCCACAUGUGAAGAGUUUAGCCUCUGGAGAAAGAGAGGUCAUGGAGAAGCUUGUGAAAUGUGACUCUGGUUCGGGUGGUUUCAGUUCUCUGAUGUCAGCAGUUCUAGAGAAGCAGACUCUCUCUGCAACAGCUGUUUGGCAACUGCUGCUCAUGGCUCAGGAGACAAAGACCUGCCCAUUGAACCUGCUCAUGGAGGAAAUACGAAGGGAACCUGGGGCCGAUGCUUUCUUCCGAGCAGUGACCACGCCACAAAGUGCUGCCUUAGAAACCAUCCUGAGGCAUCACAAAUUGGUCCUAGAGGCCAUCCAACAAAGGAUUGAACUCAAGUGCUUUACCUCAGAGGAGGAGAACCUGGCAGAGACUGUGAAAGAGAUUCUGAGCAUUUCCUCUGAGACAGCCAGCCCUGAAGCUUCCCUGAGAGCAGUGCUGAGCAGAGCCAUGGAAAAAUCCGUCUCAGCCAUUGAAAUAUGUCACCUCCUGUGCAGCAUCCACAGAUCUUUCCCAGGCCUACAGCCUGUCAUGCAGGAGUUAGCAUACACUGGUUUCCUUACUCAGGAAAAUGGAGAGGAAGGGUGGAAGGUGAGUAAUAAAUUUCACCUUGAAGCCAACGAUGAAGCAGAUGAAAAGGCGGCUGAGCCAGCUGAAGAAGACUGCCGGUCUGCGGAGCAGGACGACCAAGGAGAGACUGCUUCCUUGCCAGAACAGCAAGAGAAAGACACUUCUGCCUCCCCAGACUCUGCCAAGAAGAGCUUCGUCUGUAAGGCCUGUGACAAAAGCUUCCAUUUCUACUGCCGCCUCAAGGUGCAUGUGAAGCGCUGCCGCGUGGCCAGGAGCAAGCAGGUGCAGUGCAAGGAGUGUAACGAGACCAGGGAUUCGAGGAAGGAGCUGGAGAAACAUCAGCUGGAAGCCCACGGUGCAGCUGGAGAGCCUGACGUCCCCAAGAAGAGGAAGAAGAGGCUUCCGGUGACGUGUGACCUCUGUGGAAGAGAAUUUGCUCAUGCCUCAGGCAUGCAGUACCACAAACUGACAGAGCACUUCGACGAGAAGCCUUUCUCCUGUGAAGAGUGUGGGGCUAAGUUUGCAGCCAAUUCUACCCUGAAGAACCACCUUCGCCUUCACACUGGGGACCGCCCAUUCAUGUGCAAGCACUGCCUGAUGACCUUCACCCAGGCCUCUGCCCUGGCCUACCACACCAAGAAGAAACACUCAGAAGGAAAAAUGUAUGCAUGCCAGUACUGUGAUGCUGUGUUUGCCCAGUCCAUUGAGCUGUCCCGCCAUGUGAGGACCCACACCGGGGACAAGCCUUAUGUCUGCAGGGACUGUGGCAAGGGCUUCCGGCAAGCCAAUGGCCUCUCCAUCCACCUGCACACCUUUCACAACAUAGAAGAUCCCUAUGACUGCAAGAAGUGCAGGAUGAGCUUCCCCACUCUGCAGGAUCACCGCAAGCACAUCCACGAGGUGCACUCCAAGGAAUAUCACCCCUGCCCCACUUGUGGGAAGAUCUUCAGUGCCCCUUCCAUGCUGGAGCGGCACAUGGUGACUCACGUUGGAGGGAAGCCCUUCAGCUGCGGGAUCUGCAACAAGGCCUACCAGCAAUUGUCUGGUUUGUGGUACCACAAUCGGACCCACCACCCCGACGUGUUUGCUGCUCAGAACCAUCGAUCUUCCAAGUUCUCGUCACUCCAGUGCAGCUCCUGUGACAAAACCUUUUCCAACACCAUUGAACACAAGAAGCACAUCAAAGCGGAGCAUGCAGAUAUGAAGUUCCACGAAUGUGACCAGUGUAAGGAGCUCUUCCCCACGCCGGCUCUGCUGCAGGUUCACAUCAAGUGCCAGCAUUCAGGGUUGCAGCCGUUCAGGUGCUUGUACUGUGCGGCUACUUUCCGCUUCCCGGGAGCACUGCAGCACCACGUCACCACCGAGCACUUCAAGCAGUCGGAGAGCACCUUCCCCUGUGAGCUCUGUGGGGAGCUCUUCACCUCCCAGUCCCAGCUUGACGGUCACUUGGAAUCUGAACACCCAAAGGUGACGGGCACUGAAACCCAAGCAGCAUCCUCAAAGAUGGUGCAGGUGAUCCACACCCCAGAGCCGGCAGCCCCGACAGAGCAAGUGAUCACUUUGGAGGAGACCCAGCUUGCUGGUUCGCAGGUGUUUGUGACGUUGCCAGACUCGCAGACGUCUCAGACCAGCUCUGAGCUCGUGGCGGUAACCGUGGAGGAUUUGCUGGACGGUACUGUGACCCUGAUCUGUGGUGAGGCCAAGUGAGCGGCUGCUCCUCCCAUGGAGGGUCCUGCGUCUGCAGCAGAGAAUAUGCUUGCCCUUUGCUCCCCACCCCUGGCGGUCCUGAGUGGGGAGCAUCUUAGCCUAGCACCAGCCAGAAUGGUCUCACUUGGAAAACAGACAGAAGUGCCACUGUUCUCAUAGAACCAACGAUGUGUGAGUCAUCACCGCCAGCACCACCGCCCUCCGUAGCGGGCAGGCCUGUUUCCCC